GGCUUAACGCGCUGACGCUGGUUUGAAAACUGAAACUAAGAAAGAACCGGCUUGUGUUAUCUAAAGCUCUUAAAAGUGGAAGUUCUUUUUCAGACAUGGCAUCAGCCUUGAGUCUGAUAGACGAGAACAACUUCAUGUGUUCCAUUUGUCUGGAGGUCUUCACGAAGCCUGUCUCACUCCUGUGCGGACACAACUUCUGCAUGGCCUGUAUCACAAAGCAUUGGGACACCGAAGCGCCUAAAGUACCAGACUGUCCUUUCUGUAGGGAGAUCUUCCCCAUUCGACCAGUUCUCCGCGUCAACAACUUUAUUGAAGAAAUGGUGAUCAAAUUUAAAAAGUCAGCCAAAAAAAAAAGCCAAGUUAAGGUUAAGCCGAAAGGAAAUGGAGGAGUUAUGUGUACCAUGUGUGAAAAUACCCCAGCACUGAAAUCUUGUUUGAUUUGUUUUGUGUCCCUUUGUGAAACUCACUUGGAGCCCCAUCGCCGAAUUCCAAAUUUGAAAACCCACAAGCUCAUUGAACCCACUGACAAUUUGGAAGAACGCAUGUGCAAGACUCACCACCAGCCUCUCGAGAUGUUCUGCAGAGAUGAACAAAUGUUUGUAUGUGAAGAGUGCACCCGGAUGGACCACAGAAGACAUGAAACUGUAUCAAUUUUAGAGGAGGCUGACUUCAAGAAGGCUCAGCUGGACAUGGAGAAGAUCAGGAUGGACCAAUGGGUGGAGGAACGUCAGCAGAAGGUCCGUGAGAUUCAAGAGUCGAUGGAGUCAAGCAGAAACAAGGCGGCCAAGGCGGUGUCCGACAGUGAGUGCGUGAUUUUUCAUCUGUUGGAAUUAAUGAAAAAAAGCCAAGCAGAACUAGCCAUGGUGGUAAAGUCAAAGCAGAUUAAAAUUGAAACUGAGGGGAAAGAAUUUAUUAAAGAACUUGAAGAGGAAAUUGAGGAUCUAUCUAAGAAAAGCAAUGAUCUCAACUUUACAAUGUCCAAUGACCCGUUUAAAAAUCUUGAGAAUCUAAUCCCGCUGAUAGUCCCUCAACCAAAGCUCAAAGACUGGUCAGCUGUGCAAAUCAAAAAUGAGAAAUUUGAAGUAAAAGAAGCGUUAUCCAGCCUGACCGCUACAGUGACUAAAGAACUACGCAUGUUGUGUGAUCCAGAUUUGAAAACACUGAAGACGUUUGCAGCUGAUAUCUCAUUUGAUCCGGAGACAGCUCACUCGUCCCUUAUCAUUUCUGAGGAUGGUAAGGAAGCGUCCUGGAGCGAGAGACGAAGAAGUGUCCCCAGUAAUCCAACAAGAUUCACUCACGUCCUCAAUGUGUUAGCCAAGCAAGGUUUCUCCAGUGGGAAGUUCUACUAUGAAGUUCAGGUCAAAGACAAGACGCAGUGGGAUGUGGGAGUGGCCAUCGAGUCCAUCAACAGAAGUGGAGAUGUCAAGCUGAGUCCCAGGAACGGAUUCUGGACCAUGUGGUUACGGAACGGACAGUUUACAGCCAACGCCACUCCACCUGUCAGUGUCAAAGUUAGAAACAAAGUGGAGACGAUUGGAGUUUUUGUAGAUUAUGAGAAGGGGAAAGUUUCUUUUUAUGAUGCAGAUGCCAGGGUUUUGUUUUACACCUUUGAUCACUGUAACUUCAAGGAGAAGAUUUUUCCAUUCUUCAGUCCGUCUGGAAGUGAUGGGGGUAGAAAUAGAGCCCCUUUGGUCCUUGUUCCUAUUCAAAAGUGAACUUUUGUAAAAGAAUAUUGAAAUGAAGAAAAAUACCAGGCACCCAGUUAGUCAGGAAAUAUUAAAAAGCCUUUGUGGGAGGGCAGGAAACUUGUGACUUCUUCAGGGUGUGAUAAUAAAUGAGAAGUGAGGACCAGUUUGAGCUCACACACUCCAGGUGAGCAGGGUGGAGGCUUCCUUCAUUCAGUUCUUCUGAUUGGACACAAGGGGUAGUAAUUUCAUUGCUUCAGGACAGUUUGAUUGAGGGCACUAGAGGGCAGUUGUUUUAUUUUAGCAGGGACUGUUUUUACUUUGGGCGCAGAUAGUUUUAUUGAACAUUUUUGUAUACAGACACACACAGCAGGAGAAACUGAAGUCUUUAUUUAGGCAUGGGUACUCUGUGGCUUUGAGGACAUAAAUCUAAUAGGGCUCUGUUUGCUUCAGGAGCUGGAGUGGUGAGCUUCCAUAUAAUGUCCAGCCAUUGAAUAAUGUAGGUUUUUGAAAUGAAUGGCAUAUCUGUGGUCAGCCAAUCACUGAGCCUCCUUUUGUUGAGACCCAUACAAAAACACCAACAGGGUCAGUGAGGGAGUACACUUCAUGAGUUGUGUUAUAGUUAAUUAAAUAUGUUUCAUUUGUAUUAAGGUUCAUGAAAAUGAAACAGUAUCUGCAGUGUCCACAGAAUAUUGAAAAGUUGGACAUGUUACAAAUAUGGAUGCAGAAUUUUUUGUCAUUUCUGUACGAGUCUGUAUGGUUUUGCAUGUAAACAGAGGUAUUUUUAAAAAUUAAAAAUACAAUAACCAAAGUGGCUGACAGUAUUUUCAUGUUUAUGUAUUUAUUUGAACAACAAUUAAAUUUCAUUGUGGUGCAUUGUAGUGGUAAUUGACAGAGCCAAUUUGAGGAUAAGGUUUCAGACAAUUAAAACAGCAUUAAUGAUUUGUUUACAAAAGCUGUCAGUUUAAAGCACAAUAGCUUCUGUUUUCCCUGUUUGUACUGAAAAAUAAUUGCAGCUCUCAAAUGAGAUUGUAUUGAUUCAAAAUAA